CCCAUCUUCCCUGGGUACUUAAGCUCGCUGGAGGACUUUGAGGGCACGCGCGUCGCGGUGGCGGUGUUUCGUUAGUCUGCGGGGCUGGGGUCCCCGUGGCCUCUGAUUAUGAAACCAAAUCAGAUAUCAAGGAGUCGGUUCCAAAGCAGGAAGUAUCAGAAGAAACAGAGAUACACUGAACCACCUCCAGAGCACUCUGGAAUAAUGAUUCCCAAGAAUUCAAGAUUGGAGCACUCAAAAAUUGGGAAGACAGUUUGAAUAUUCCUCAGAGAGAUCCUUCCAGGGAGAUGCUGAGGAUGAGGACUAGAAGUAUAAAGCCAGCAGAAAUCAAGGAUGUAAAAAUCUCCCUAGAGAAGGAAAGCCAGAAAGGUAAAGAAUUUGAUAACUUCUUUAAUCUAGGCUCAAAAAGUAUUUCACAUUCGAGAAUUCACAGGGAGAACAAGGGGCCAGUUUCAGAAGUCAAAAUACAAAUCACAACUUAUGAAAGGCUUCAGAAUGUAGCCCCUCUGGCAGCCAGGUUUAGAGAAGCCCUAGAGGGGAAAGGAAAUGCAAAGAGGCAUCAGGGAAGCCAGACAGGACCCAGAGCGAGGAGAAGGAAGAGAGUUUCCAGAGGUGUUGCCUUCAGAGACAGGAGUGCCCUUGACGAGGAAAGAGGGCAACAAAACUACCCAGGAGAGAAACCCUUUAUCUGUAAAGAGUGUGGAAAAGCCUUUGGUCAGAGUGCAAACCUCAUCGUGCACCAAAGAAUCCACACAGGGGAGAAACCUUUCCUAUGUAAUGAAUGCGGAAAAGGCUUCAGACAGAGGUCACACCUCAUACGACAUCAGAGGAUCCACACUGGUGAGAAACCCUAUGAAUGCCAGGAAUGUGGGAAGACCUUCAGCCAGAGCUCAAAUCUCAUAGUUCAUCAGGGCAUCCACACUGGGGAGAAAUCUUUUGAAUGUGGUGAGUGUGGGAAAGCCUUCAGCCGGAGUUCAGGCCUCACUGUCCAUCAGAGGAUCCACACGGGGGAGAAGCCAUUUGAGUGUAAUGAAUGCAGCAAAGCUUUCAGUUGUAGCUCAUACCUUAUUGUGCAUCAGAGAAUUCACACAGGGGAGAAACCCUAUAAGUGUAAUGAGUGUGGAAGAGCCUUUGGCCAGAGCUCCCAUCUUAUUCUCCAUCAGGCAACUCAUGCCCGGAAGAAACCUCAGCUGGCUACUUGGGUUAGGGCUCACUGUUAAUGGGGCAGAGUUGAAUGGUCAUGUUAUAUGCUUGCCUUCACCCAGGUCAGCAUCUCAUAAAUACUAGGAAGUAUGUGAGAGGUCAUGGACUCUUCACUGCUGGAAAUCUGGGUCCACAAACUCACUCUGCUUGUAUGGUGUUUUAUUCACUUGCCUUAUUUUUGUAUGUGUGCCUCCAGUCAGAUUUGGAGUUCCAAGAGGUAGAUGCCAGGUCCUGUCUUCCGGUUUGAUUGACAGGAAACCGAGGAGCUCUUCAUUUCUACAAAGUUGAUUAAAUAUUAAUUCAUUGAGAAAUUCCUUGUAUCAAUAAACUCUUAAUCUGAUAAUCUUGCAAGAUCCCACCUGCUUUGAAGAUUUGUAAUUUUUCCAACAUAACUCCGGCACAUUAAAGCUUACUGUACUUUUCAAUGUUAUUUCAAAGCUUUAAUGUGCUAGAGUUGGGCAGCUUAGAAGGCCCACUGUGAGCAGUACUAAAAUUUAGAAUGUCAUAUCCUCAUUCAAAUGUAGGCUGCCUUUAGGAAUGACCAAAACAGCGAAGGAUACAUAGGAUGAUAGAGUCAUCAAUCAAAGGAACCCUACCAGACCAGAACUGCAGACCAGAGUUAACAAGAUGAAGUAUUAAACCCUGUUCAUAGGGCUAAGGAGUCUGAGCCUCUCAGAACAGAAGUGUUCUGUCAGAAACAUCGCAGUCCUUGACCAUUAGACAUGCUAGAAGGGUGUCUUUAAAAUUAUCCUUCUCUCUCAUCGUCAGUCGCUAGCUGCUCAGGGCUGAGAUCCUAGUCUUAGGGCCUGUUCUCUUCUCUCUAGACCAUAUAGCUUGACUUUUCCUUACAAGGAAAUAAAACAGAUCAUGUGUGUGUAUAAAAUUAAAAAGUAAUAUCCUAAUCAUCUGCCACUUACACAAAAAGAUUUAUUACCUUUAGACUAAAGGAAAAAUAUAAUAGGAAUGCAGUAUGUCUCAGUAUGUGCAGUCAUGUGUCACAUAAUGAUGUUUACAACAGACCACAUAUUUGAUGGUAGUCUUACAAGGUUGUAAUGGAGCUGGGAAAUUCCUGUGGCCUAGUGACUCUGCAGCUGUCGUAACGUGGUAGCACAAUGCAGUACUCACAUGUUUGUGGCGAUGCUGUUGUAAACAAGCCGACCGUGCUGCCAGUUAUAUAAAAGGACAGCACAUGCAGUUAUGUACAGUGUGUAAUACUUGAUAAUAAAGACUGUGCUACUGGUUUAUGUAUUUACUGUACUUUUCAUUGUUAUUUCAAAGUGUGCUCCUUCCGCUUCUUUUUUUUCAAAGUUUACUGUAAAACAGUAUGCUGUGUUUGUCCAGCUGCCACCUCAUAUAUCAUGUUUACCACAUCUCUUGACUGCAUCAUUUCCUCUUGUGCUUGAUUUAAUCUCAUGUUUUGUUCAUCAUGUCCCCUAAGCAUUCAAAAUCCAUGGCUAAUUUUGCCAGUAAGAGGCCGUGUUGAGUAAUUGACCUGGAAACAAAAUUAGAAGUGAUUAAGGACUGUGAAGGUGGAAAAUCAGGGAUGGUUAUUGCUCACCAGUCAGGCAUGUCCCAUUUUACCAUAGCUGCCAUCCUAAAGUACAAGAGCAAAGUGAUAGAAGCUAUUAAAGGAUCUGCUUCAUUGAAGGCAAUGAGACUAAUAAUUUGACAAUGGGCCAAUAUCAGAUAUGGAUAAACUUCUAAUGACCUAGAUUGAAGACCAGACACAGAAGCAUGUUCCUCUCAGCACCAUGACAAUCACAGCUAAAGCAAAAAGCUUGUUUGUUAUGUUGAUAGAAAAGGCUGGACCUGACUAUAUUGUUGAAUUUAUUGCUAGCUCUGGGUGGUUUAAACGAUUCAAGAAUUUUUAUUCAUUACACAAUUGUGAAAGUGAGUGGUAAGUUUAUGAGUACUGAUGUGAAGGCAGCUGAAGAAUUUUUGGAAACUCUAGGUAAGUUGAUUGUGGAGGAAAAUUACUUCCCAGAGCAAAUGUUUAAUAUGGAUCAAACCUCCUAUUCUGGAAACAGAUGCCUGAAAGGACUUUCAUCCAUAAGGAGGCCAAGUCAAUGGCAGGUUUCAAGGCUUUGAAGGACUGGAUAACAGUGUUUGGGGGCAAUGUUGUUGGCCACAAAUUGAAACUCUUUGUGAUUUGGCACAGUGAGAACCCCAGGGCCUUCAAGCAUAUCAGUAAGCACACACUGCCAGUGUACUACAGGAGCAAUAACAAGUCAUGGAUGACCCAGCUUCUCUUCCAAGAUGCCCUCCUGAAUUGCUAUUUCAGUGAAAUGGAGUACUGUUUGGAGAAUAACAUACCUUUCAAGAUUUUGCUUUUUGUUGAUAAUGCUCCUGUACAUCCUUUAGGUGAUCUUUGUCUUAAUAUCAAACUGGUGUUUCUCCCUUUAAGCAUCACCUCUUUGAUCCAACCAGUGGAUCAAGGAGUUAUAGCAGUUCUGAAGGCCCACUACCUAAGGAGGACGUUUCCCCAGGCUGUUGCUGCUGUUAUCUGAGGGAGACACUGAGAAGACGCUGAUGCAAUUCUGGGAGGAUGACAGCAUCUAAGACUGCAUCAAGAACCUUGCUUGGGCUUAGGAUGAUGUCACCAAUAUGUGUAUGAAUGGCAUCUGGAAGAAGACACUUGAGGUUUGUUCAUGACUUCAAAGGAUUUGCCACGGAUGACCAGGUUGCAAAAAUUCACAAGUCUGUGGUUGGGAUGGGAAACAGCUUUAACCUAGGUGUGAAUGAGGAUGACACUGAGGAGCUCCUAGAGGUGGUUCCUGAGGAAUUGACUAAUGUUAGAAAUGGAACAGGGACACAGCUGAAGAAGAGGCAAGAGUAAAGGAAACUGCAGAAAACCACCAUCAGGAAAAUUCACAGUAGGGAGAUUAGCAGAAGCUUUUGCAGACCUCAAGAAACUCCUAAAAAAGUUUGGGCCGGGCGCAGUGGCUCAUGCCUGUAAUCCCAGCACUUUGGGAGGCCAUGGUGGGCAGAUCACGAGGUCAGGAGUUCGAGACCAGCCUCACUGACAUGGUGAAA